AUGGUAUCGUCGUGACAUCAUCAACCUGAGACGAGGAAGCAGCGCUGAAAACUGAAAAUGCUUUUCUACUCCUUUUUCAAGUCCCUGGUGGGGAAGGACGUGGUGGUGGAGCUCAAAAAUGACUUGAGCAUCUGUGGAACACUUCACUCUGUUGAUCAGUACCUGAACAUUAAACUGACGGACAUCAGUGUCACGGAUCCAGAGAAGUAUCCACAUAUGUUAUCAGUGAAGAACUGUUUUAUCCGAGGCUCUGUGGUGCGAUACGUCCAACUGCCUGCAGAUGAGGUUGACACUCAGCUGUUACAGGACGCUGCUCGCAAGGAGGCACUGCAGCAGAAGCAAUGAUGCUUUAAUGACAUCAUGGCUGGGGGGUUGGAAUGACAUCAUGG